AACUUUAUUCUCCUCUCCCCCUUUGCUAUCAGAAACAGAUCUUCGAUCCUCCAUUUUUUCCAAAUAUUAUGCGAAAACCCUUUUCUUCGUAGUGAUAUUUUCUUAAUGACGAUGAUCUUCUCCAAGCUUGCUCGCUCCUCCAUCUCUCGCUCAAGGGGUUUUCUCUACGGCGGUGGUGUGAGAUCGACGAGGCUGCUUGCUCCUUCAGCAGCUAUUGAGGGGGCCGAAGUUGAAACUGGAUUAGGGUUUCUGAGGCGACACUUUAACUCUUUAGCUUCUCGAAAGGGACUUGUCAACGGCAAUGAUUUAAUUGGUGCUUUUGCUAAUCCGAGACUUCGUAGGUUCUUUUCUGAUGAAGCUCCCAAGAAGAAGAAUUAUGAGAAUUACUUCCCUAAAGCUACAAAGGAAAAACCAAAGAGUGACCACAAGUCUGACUCUAAAGAGGGAUCGUCAGACAAGAAUGAACAAGAGAGCGUGGGAGAUAUGUUUAUGAACCGUUUCCAAAAUUUGCUGAUUCCUCUACUGGCUCUUGCUGUGUUCUUUUCUACUUUCUCAUUUGGCUCUGGAGACCAGCAACAGAUUAGUUUCCAGGAGUUCAAGAACAAACUCCUCGAGCCUGGUCUAGUCGACCACAUAGACGUCUCAAACAAAUCCGUAGCCAAAGUCUACGUUCGAAGCACACCGAGAAACCAAGGAACAACAACUCAAGAUAAUGUCCAAGGCAUCCCAGCUAAGAGAACUGGUGGUCAGUACAAGUACUACUUCAACAUCGGUAGUGUAGACUCUUUCGAGGAGAAACUCGAAGAAGCUCAAGAGGCCUUAGGCGUGGACCCUCACGAGUUUGUCCCCGUUACCUACGUCACCGAAAUGGCCUGGUUCCAAGAGCUCCUCAGGUUUGCACCGACUUUACUUCUCUUGGGAACUCUUGUCUACGGUGCUAGGCGGAUGCAAGGAGGAAUAGGCGGAUUAGGAGGAACCGGUGGGAAGAAUGGCCGUGGCAUCUUCAAUAUAGGCAAAGCCACGAUAACAAGAGCUGAUAAAAACUCCAAGAACAAGAUUUACUUCAAGGACGUCGCUGGAUGCGAUGAAGCAAAACAGGAGAUCAUGGAGUUUGUGCAUUUCCUCAAAAACCCUAAAAAGUAUGAAGACUUGGGUGCCAAGAUACCUAAAGGCGCGCUUUUAGUGGGUCCUCCCGGUACAGGCAAAACCCUCUUAGCUAAAGCUACAGCUGGAGAGUCAGGUGUGCCGUUUUUAUCGAUAUCCGGUUCGGAUUUCAUGGAGAUGUUUGUUGGUGUUGGACCUUCUAGGGUUAGAAACUUGUUCCAAGAAGCUAGAGCAGCUGCACCGAGCAUAGUCUUUAUUGAUGAGAUCGAUGCCAUUGGUAGGGCAAGAGGACGUGGAGGUUUAGGUGGUAACGAUGAGCGUGAGAGCACUUUGAAUCAGUUGCUGGUUGAGAUGGAUGGGUUUGGUACAACGGCUGGUGUUGUGGUUCUUGCUGGGACUAAUAGACCGGAUAUUUUGGAUAAGGCUUUGUUAAGGCCUGGCCGGUUUGAUCGUCAGAUAACCAUUGAUAAACCGGAUAUCAAGGGACGUGAUCAGAUAUUCCAGAUUUAUUUGAAGAAGAUUAAACUUGAUCAUGAGCCGUCUUAUUUCUCUCAGAGGCUUGCUGCUCUUACACCUGGCUUUGCUGGAGCUGAUAUUGCUAAUGUAUGUAAUGAAGCUGCUCUUAUUGCAGCUAGACAUGAGGGAGCAACGGUCACGAUGGCGCAUUUUGACUCUGCGAUUGAUCGUGUUAUUGGUGGUCUUGAGAAGAAGAACAGGGUGAUAAGUAAGUUGGAGCGGAGGACAGUUGCGUAUCAUGAGUCUGGUCACGCGGUUGCUGGUUGGUUCCUUGAACAUGCGGAGCCGUUGCUGAAGGUGACUAUUGUGCCACGUGGCACAGCUGCUCUAGGGUUUGCGCAGUACGUUCCGAAUGAGAACCUUCUCAUGACUAAAGAACAGCUCUUUGACAUGACUUGCAUGACCCUUGGUGGCCGUGCAGCCGAGCAGGUACUGAUAGGAAGAAUCUCAACCGGUGCGCAGAACGAUCUAGAGAAAGUUACAAAGAUGACAUACGCGCAAGUAGCUGUGUACGGUUUCAGCGACAAGGUCGGUCUACUCUCUUUCCCUCCAAGGGACGACGGCUACGAAUUCAGCAAACCAUACAGCAACAAGACCGGUGCCAUCAUAGACGAGGAAGUUAGAGAAUGGGUGGCGAAGGCUUAUGAGAAGACCGUGGAGCUCAUCGAGGAACACAAGGAGCAAGUUGCUGUGAUCGCUGAGCUUUUACUUGAGAAAGAAGUGUUGCAUCAGGAGGAUCUCUUGAAAGUUUUGGGUGAACGUCCUUUUAAAUAUGCUGAGGUGACUAACUACGAUAGGUUCAAGUCUGGGUUUGAAGAGAGUGAGAAGGAGGAGACGGCGGCGGCUAGGCCUGUGGUGGAUGAUGGAGCUCCUCCGCCGCUUGAACCGCAGGUGGUUCCGACUUAAGAGAGUUGAGUGACGCCCACACUGUUACGAUUGUACAUUUAAUUCAGAAUGCAAUAACACAGUUACCACAACAACAAAAAGUGUCUUUGUGAUUGAAUGAACUUUAAACUUCUUUAGCAAUGAACAUUUAUUUGUGUUCUGAAUUAUUGCUUCUAAUAAGAUGUUCUUUUUUUAUAGUUUCGCUUUGGUAAUAGUUUGUGUUUUGUAAUUAAAUAAUGAUAAAUGACAUUGUUACUGUCUUU